CUGAAUAUAUUCAACAUUUCGAUAUUGACGAUAUUGUGCAUUAAGCAUUAAACAUUUUAAUAAAUGUGAAAUUAUAUCGCCCAACCGUCAAUAUUUAUUCAACGAUUUAUUAUCCUGUGUUUUUUACUAGCAUCAGUAAUAAUUAUAAUGAAACCAGGAUUAUAUCAUGAACAAAAAUGUUCACAGUUAUUAAGCAAGGAUGAAAAUGAAUCUGUGUUACAACUAUUGGGUCCAAAAUGUCAGAGUUUAGCUAUGGCUGUAGUUCAGUUUUUUAGCACAGAUGGUCCUGAAGGUACUGAAUGGAGGCAAAAAAAUUUUGGAAUACUUUGUUUUGUCAGAGAUCCGAACAGAAAGUCAUAUUAUUUUCGAUUGUAUUGUCCAAUAAGACACCAGUUAUUGUGGGAACAUGAAAUGUAUAAUGGAUUGCAAUACCAAAGUUCUGCUAAAUUUUUCCAUUGUUUUGAAGCUGAGGAAUGUAUAGUUGGGUUCAAUUUUGCUAGUGAAGAUGAAGCAACAGUAUUUGGAGAGACAGUUAUUAAUUUACAAAGAAGAAGACGAGAAAAACGAAUGGUUCAUGAUUUUAAAUUGGAAUGGGGGACGAGGUGGCCGAGCGRUCUAAYGCGUCGGCUGUGGCACAGCUGGACUGGGUUUGAUCCUCGACCAUCAGCAUUUUUCUCCGGGCAAAUCACGGUGUCUGGAGAAAAAGAGCYGCCAUUCCCCACUCCGGGGCAUGGUAGUGCCCCAUUAGAAAUUCUGCCAAACAGGCCUCCGGUGUAG